GGGUGCGGGACCAAGUCCCGAACUACUGCCAACCUGCGAAAAUGCCGGAUUAACUGUCCUUGCCUUCUCCCUUCCUUCCUCCAUUCCAUAUCUUCCUCCUCUUCUCAAAUUCCAUCCUUGCAACUGCAUUUUUUUAUUAUAAUAAAAUCGUUGUCACUAAUCUAUUGUCCACCCCUUACACGCAUCCACAUACAUUUGUUUGCACUUUGCGGGAACUUGAUUCCUCUAUUGUACAUUGCUGCCAGUAAUAAUCCAAUUACACUACAUAUUUAGCUUAUAUAUGCACGUCCCUCUUGGCUGGUCUUUGCAGUUUGGCGGAUCGGGUUAUCAACUAUUAUCUCCCUUUCUCUUACACGCCAAGAUUUGACCGUAAGCCGAUCUCUCUACCAUUUCAGGAUCGUCACUUUCGGGCUGAGUGUGUUAUCUGUUUAGGAUGAGAAACAUGUUGUGGAGCCAUAUGUUGGCUUCCUCAUGAACUGGGGGAAAAUAGAUGGACUCAGCAAGAAGUUGGUUCCAGAAGUUUCAACCACGCGAGCGCUUUAAGUCAUCAUCAAAGAAGAAGGAUUCAAUGGCUAACAGUGGAAGGGAAGAUCCAAAGUCUUUAUCAUCUGAAGAUGCCUCCAAUAUAACGAAACAAAAGGUUGCCGCAGCAAAGCAAUAUAUAGAGAACCAUUACAAGGCGCAGAUGAAAAAUUUGCAAGAAAGAAGGGAGCGACGAACUCUACUGGAGAAGAAGUUGGCAGAUGCUGAUGUUUCAGAGGAAGAUCAAAAUAACCUGCUAAAAUUUCUGGAGAAGAAGGAAACUGAAUAUAUGCGUCUCCAAAGGCACAAAAUGGGGGCUGAUGACUUUGAGUUACUAACGAUGAUUGGGAAGGGUGCAUUUGGGGAGGUAAGAGUUUGUAGAGAAAAGACUACAGGUCACGUGUAUGCCAUGAAAAAGCUAAAGAAAUCAGAAAUGCUGCGUAGAGGCCAGGUUGAGCAUGUGAAAGCUGAAAGGAAUCUGCUUGCAGAGGUUGACAGCAAUUGCAUCGUCAAACUGUAUUGUUCGUUUCAAGAUGAAGAGUACCUCUAUCUCAUCAUGGAAUACUUACCCGGUGGAGAUAUGAUGACAUUACUAAUGAGAAAGGAUACCUUAACUGAGGAUGAGGCGAGAUUUUAUGUGGCAGAGACUGUUUUGGCUAUUGAAUCGAUUCAUAUACAUAACUACAUUCAUCGAGACAUUAAACCUGACAACUUGCUUCUAGAUAAAUAUGGUCACUUGAGGCUGUCAGAUUUUGGAUUGUGUAAACCAUUAGACUGCAGUACUUUGCAAGAGAAGGAUUUUUCAACAGGAGACAGCUUUAAUGGAACAUCAAGAGUUGAUGAGCAGCCUGCAGCUCCAAAACGCACGCAGCAAGAGCAACUCCAACAUUGGCAGAAAAAUAGAAGGAUGCUUGCUUAUUCGACUGUUGGUACACCUGACUAUAUUGCUCCAGAAGUUCUGCUGAAGAAAGGUUAUGGCAUGGAAUGUGAUUGGUGGUCACUUGGAGCUAUUAUGUAUGAAAUGCUCGUGGGAUAUCCACCAUUCUAUUCUGAUGAUCCUAUGUCAACAUGUAGGAAGAUUGUAAACUGGAGAACACAUUUAAAGUUUCCUGAAGAAGCAAAGCUAUCAGCAGAAGCAAAAGAUCUCAUUAGCAAACUACUUUGUAAUGUCACCCAGAGACUUGGUUCAAAAGGCGCAGAUGAAAUAAAGGUCCAUCCUUGGUUUAAAGGAGUUGAUUGGGACAGAAUAUAUCAGAUGGAAGCUGCCUUCAUUCCAGAAGUCAAUGAUGAGCUGGAUACUCAAAAUUUUGAAAAAUUUGAUGAGCAGUCUGAAAAAGCAACUUCAAAUCCAUCAAAAUCUGGACCCUGGAGAAAGAUGCUUUCGUCAAAAGAUAUCAACUUUGUGGGGUAUACAUACAAGAAUUUUGAAAUUGUGAAUGACUAUCAAGUUCCUGGAAUGGCUGAACUGAAGAAGAAAAAUAACAAGCCAAAAAGGCCAACCAUCAAAUCACUCUUUGAAGAUGAAUCAGAAUCUUCAGAAACAGCUAGUAAUGGAUCAUCAUCACAAGGCAGCUUUUUGAACCUCUUGCCUUCCCAGCUGGAAGUUUCUGAGAAGCAGAAUAACAAAUCCAUGUAGCUCUUUUGGUUGGUUGACGUUUUCUCAUGGCAAGAGCUGCUGGCUGCCCCAGAAGCACCAAGUGGGUGGCGAUUCUAGUUGAUAUGGUAAAUAUCAGUUUGCCACCGAGUAGCGGCUUUAGGAACUUGAAGAUUGAUAGUUUGGCGUCAGACAAGCUUGAAAGUUGGUGUUUUGAAGUUACCAAUCUCCUUCAAGUCUGCUUGCAUUAGCCUUUUUUUUUUUAUCAUUUUUGCUUCUGCAACCGCUGUAUUCCUCCUGAUGGUCUGAACUAACAUGUUUGAUAUGUAAGUUAUUCUUUUCCAAACGAACGACGUGUAUAUAGAAAUAGUGGGAAAAAAUACAUGCAGUUCAUAUGACCCCAUUAAUUGUA